AUGAUUCCCAUGGGGAUGGGGUCUUGUUAUGAUAUUAAUACUGCUACUAGUAGUAGCUCGAUGUUGCCUGGGAAUUCCAGCAUGAUUAGUAACAACACCAAUCCUGAUGGUUGUGGGAGUGGUGGAAUUGUUCAAGCUCAAGCUGGGAAUUCUUCUGCCUCUUCUUCGUUGCUUCUUGAUUCCGUUCCUGGCUUAAACCAUGAUGCUGGUUUGGCUAUUGAGUGGUCCGUUGAGUAA